CUGGCUCGGGGGCGGAACCGGCACCUCCACAUCCGGGAGUCUGUGGCUGUGGCUGUUUUGUUUUCUUGCAGAACUGAAGUAAAGUGAGGCUACCAAACGCGUCGCGAUUCCCGACUCCAGACUUGGAUUGACCUGAGAGGAUGUCUGGAUUUCUGGAAGGUGGGAGGUGCUCGGAAUGCAUGGACUGGGGGGAGAAGCGGAACACCAUCGCCUCCAUUGCUGCCGGCAUUCUCUUUUUCACAGGGUGGUGGAUCAUCAUAGAUGCCGCCGUUAUUUAUCCCACCAUGGAGGAGUUCAACCACUCAUACCACGCCUGUGGCGUCAUAGCAACCAUAGCCUUCCUCAUGAUCAAUGCAGUAUCGAAUGGACAAGUUAGAGGUGACAGCUACAGUGAAGGCUGCCUAGGCCAGACAGGUGCUCGAAUAUGGCUCUUAAUCGGUUUCAUGUUGGCUUUCGGGUCCCUGAUUGCAUCCAUGUGGAUUCUCUUUGGAGGUUAUGUUGCCAAGGAAAAGCCCAUAGUGUAUCCUGGAAUUGCUGUAUUUUUCCAGAAUGCCUUCAUCUUUUUUGGGGGCCUGGUUUUUAAGUUCGGCCGCACGGAGGAUUUAUGGCAGUGAAGAUGCUCCUGCAGCACAGCCACCCUGCAUGGGAUCCCCCCUCCCCCCACUGCUCACCCAGUCUUUUGUAAUGCUGUUUUCUAAACUUACUCCUGAGUAUAAUCUCAGCUUGAAAUUGUAAAUGCCAGAAUCAUGAGAACUCCUACGUAAACUGCAACAGUCCAGUGCGGCGUGCCCGAUCAGCUUCUACAGCAGGAAAGGAAGCUGUUGACGCGAGUAACUUCUCCUCAGCUUCUGUGAUGGUCUGAAGAGUGGAUUAAGGAGAACCGUGGAGUCUUCGGGAUGAGCUUUCGCUCUGGGGUCCAAAGUGUUCACUGAGUGCAGCCUCUUCUGUGUCCAAUGUUGAAUAAUGUAUAAACAUUUUCUUGUUAUUAAAAACUAUUCAGUGGUCAGA